AUGGGCUGUGCCCCUAAUGCUUCACAUUCUCCAGUCUUCCUGCUCCUUGGGCUCUCAAGAGCUAGAGUCCCCCACUGUCUCCUCUUUCUUCUGUUCCUGGCUAUUUACCUGACCACCGUAAUGGGGAAUGUGACUCUGGUGCUGCUAAUCUCCCGUGACUCCAUGCUCCAGUCACCUAUGUACUAUUUGCUCCGUGGCCUCUCUGUGAUAGACAUGGGGCUGUCCACAGUCACCCUGCCCCAGUUACUGUCCCAUCUGAUCUCUGAUUACCCAACCAUUCCUGCUGUCCGCUGCUUGGCCCAGUUCUUUUUCUUCUAUGUGUUUGGAGUUAUGGACACACUUGUCAUUGCUGUCAUGGCUCUAGAUUGCUAUGUUGCCAUCUGUGACCCUCUGCAUUAUACUUUGGUGAUGAAUCGGCAACUCUGUGCCCGCUUACUGACCUUUAGCUGGCUGGUAUCCAUACUGCACACUGUGCUACAUGUGGGACUCCUCCUGUCCCUUUGAUGGGUUGGGGAUGUUGGGGGCAAUCUUAACCUUCCCCACUUCUUCUGUGACCACCGACCACUUCUGCGAGCCUCUUGCUCAGACACACAUUCCAAUGAGCUAGCCAUAUUCUUGGAGGGUGGCUUCCUCAUGCUGGGCCCCUGUUCCCUCAUUGUGCUCUCCUAUGUCCGCAUCGGGGCCACCAUCCUUCGUUUGCCUUCAGCUGCUGGUCGUCGACGUGCAGUCUCCACCUGUGGGUCCCAUCUCACUAUGGUUGGCUUCCUCUAUGGUACCAUCAUUUGGGUCUACUUCCAGCCCCCUUCACAGAACUCUUGGGACCAAGACAUGGUGGCUGCUGUGAUGUACACAGCCAUCACACCCUUGGCCAACCCGUUUGUGUACAGCCUCCGCAAUAAGGAUGUGAAGAGUGCACUCGGCAGACUGCUUGGACGGGGAGGGUGGGCUCCUGAUUAG